AUGCUCAAGGAGAUGUCAAGAGACGAUCCCUGCUAUGCUGCGUGCUGCUGUCUCCUUGGCAUUGCAUACUACGACCGAUAUGAGAACUUGGGGGCCUUUGCGGACUUGGAGCUAUUCCUCACGAACCUUGAAACAGCCCUCAAUCUCACACCACAAGGCGACUCCAGCUGGGCGGUCCGAAGUCGGACUAUGGUGAUUGCAUACCAUGUCCGAUAUUCCAGAACAGGGGAUCCGUCAGUUAGGAAAAGAGCAAUGGACAAACACCAGGAAUGCCUUGGAAUCCUCUCUUUAGAUGAUCUAGACAGCGCAACCUCGUUGGCUGGACUUGCUCAAGGAUAUUAUAACCAGUACUUGGCUGUUGGGGAACCCGAGGACUUGAAGAGGGCCAUCCACCAUCAGGAAGCAGCUCUUGAGCGAUUGCCGGCGGACGAAUCACUGGGCGGAAUAGAUCUACUCCGAGACUUGGGUAGUAUGUACCUUGAAAGAUACAUUCUCCCCAGCGGCUCCAUGAGUGAUGUGGAUAAAGCAAUUGAGAAAUAUGAAUUAGCACUGGAGAAGACGCCCGAACAUCAACCAUCAAAGGCUCGUCAGCUUGCAGCUCUGGGGGUCGGGUACUAUAACAAAUAUCAAAGAGAAAAAGACAGACGCUACAUUGAGAAGGCGCUUGAGCAAGAACGCCAAGCUUUUAACCAUGCUCCGUCCCAUGUUGGAGAUCGUCUCGAGUCGGGUGUCCUGUUACUGAGAAGAUAUUCUGAAGUCAACGACUGGUCGCAGGCAUACGAAAUCGCAGUCAAGGUGCUGGCCUGGGUCCCACAGAUCAUGCAUCGGUUUCUUGACAACUCGGAUAAGCAAUCCCAGCUCGGGGCGUUGGUCGGUGUCGCCUCUGAUGCUGCAGCGAUUGCGCUCAGCGCAGGGAAGCCCGCUUUUGAAGCCCUGAGACUCGUCGAGAUCGGCCGCGGGAAUAUUGCCGGGUCUUUGAAUGAUAUGCGUCUCGAUGUUUCAACUCUCGAGCAGCAGUAUCCUAAGCUCGCAAAAGAGUAUACCACCCUGCGUGAUAGAAUCCUUGCUCUCAAGAAUUCUUCUGGGGAUCGGGUAGACGAGCGCUAUGCGGCUUGUGAAAAGCUGGAGCAGGUUAUCAAGGACAUACAGGAUCCUCCAGGCUUUGAUCGAUUCCAUGGCGAGCUCUCGGAGCAAGAAUCAAUAAGAGCAGCGGAGCAUGGCCCGGUUGUCAUCGUCAACGUGAGCGAGAUCCGUUGUGAUGCACUGAUCAUUGAAAAGUUAAGAAUCUAUACAGUUCCACUGCCGGAACUCGAUCACUACGAAGCGCAAGAGUUUGCUACGGGGUCUUUACAGGACAGGAAUAUCCUUGAAUGGCUGUGGAGAACGAUAGCUGAACCCGUUUUAGAUGUGCUGUGA